AGGACACAGUGUAAAACCAGUUCCAGUAACGUGUUCGCAACGAGACCGAACUCGCGCUCACGCUUAUCCUUCCUCAUACCGAAUAUAAUAGCGAAUAUGUUAAAAACGCUCCGCCUCUGUUUGUUUAUGUUUUAUAUUGGAAUAGCUACCGGUGGGAGAAUCUGCAAAGUCCCAAAUGGCGGGGCGGGCACUUGUAUAGCAAUAUCUAAAUGCCGACCGAUUUAUACUCUGGACAAUCGGCUCGAUUUAAGUGAAAACGAUAUGAAGUAUAUCCAGCAAUCGUUAUGUGGCAGUUCCACGAGUCCUAUUGUUAAGGUAUGCUGUCCACCAGAAUCCGAGUGGUGGAAAUUCAAGGCCAAUCCCAUAGAACUGCCAACAACUGAGCGCGUGUCCACAACAAGAGACCCUUUCCCUAAUCCAGCUGUUCUCAUUAUACCCAAAAAAGGGGAAACCCUUGAUAGGGGUCUGAAGGAAGAGAACCGCUUCCAACAUCUACAGACCCUACCUUACCAAGGAUCUUGUGGGAAGGAAGCGAGCAGCGGCAAUAAGAUAUACGGUGGGCAGGCAGCGAACGUCGAUCAGUUUCCUUGGCUGGUUAUUUUCGAGUACAGCGGGGGGUGGCUUGACUGUGGCGGCAGCAUCAUACACCCCAGAUUCGUGCUGACCGCCGCCCACUGCCUUCAAACACUACAAGGAUCUCCAAAGUUCGCGCGCCUCGGCGAAUACGACCUCAGCACUUUCCCCACGGACACCGUGGAGACGGACGGUGGUGGUUUCGAAACCGUGAACGUCACCGUGAUACCAGUGGAGCGGAGCAUACCGCACCAGCAGUUCGUCAGGGAAGCGAGACUCAACGACAUUGGACUGGUUAAGCUGUCGACCAGCGCUCGUUAUGAUGAAUUUAUCCGGCCCAUCUGUCUCCCAACAACCGACUUAACGGCACAAUUCACGAGGCAAACCAAUUUCAGCAUCGCCGGCUGGGGGAUGACCCAGAAUCAGUCAGCCAGCGACGUAAAAACGUACGUCAUGAUCCCAUUUGUACGCAAAAAUGUAUGCGAUACAAUAUACAAGUACAACCUGGCGAACAUUAUUUGCGCGGGCGGCGAGGAAGGCAAAGACUCGUGUCGCGGGGACUCCGGCGGCCCUCUGAUGUACGAAGAAGACAACAUCUACACGGUGGUCGGUGUGCUGAGUUUUGGGCAUGCGAAAUGCGGCAGCAAGGACAAGCCGGCGGUACAUACGGAGGUGUUUAAAUACAUGAAAUGGAUCACGAAUGAAAUCAGUAAGAAUAGUUGAUGCUGAGCGUUGUGAAUGAUACGGCACGGAUUGGCUUGGAUUGAUUGAGAGAUUGGAUUGAUUGAUGGAUUUGAUUGAGAGGGAAGUUUAUUUGAUAUGAGAUAGAUCUUUUCACUUUUGUGACUAGAGGUUAGAGACUGUAAGAUUUUGUGUGUUUUGCCCCAAUUAUACAUGUACAAUAUUAUACGAAUCGUCGUCGAAGUUUUAUAAGCGAGUGCAAUAGGAAGUAGAACAAUUCUAAAUAUUUUUGUUACACAUCCUGUAAAAGUAUUUUCUGAAUCCUGAAUCCUUCUGAAACUGUAUAUAUUAUGAAGAAUAAACUGUAAAUAUCAUAUUUAUAAUACAUUUUAAGU